AUGGCAGACUUGUUUGAUAGACUGGGCGGUGCGACGGUGUACACCAAAAUAGACCUGAGGACAGGUUAUUGGCAAGUUCGGAUUGUAGAGGGUGAUGAACACAAGAUGACCUGCGUGACAAGAUAUGGGUCGUACGACUUCCUGGUUAUGCCAUUUGUCUUGACUAACGCGCCAGCCAUAUUUUGUACCCUGAUGAGCCAAGUCUUCCGAGAAUACAUCGACGAAUUCGUCGUGGUCUACUUGGAUGACAUUGUGGUAUAUAGCCAGACCAUGGAAGAACACCUGGAGCACUUGCGGAAGGUCCUAAACCGAUUGCGGGAGCACGAAUUUUAUGCGAAGCUAUCCAAGUGCUCCUUUACUCAGAAACAAAUUGACUUCCUUGGACAUGUCAUCGGGGAAGGACGGAUCAGGAUGGACCAAUAA